UUUUCAUCCACAACACUUGCUUCCUUUUUGAAUAAUCAGAGGACGGACGGCAGCUGGAGCGACGCAAACUGUUGGUCUGUCUGAAGAUAUUAAGAUGAGCGCAGACACGGUGGAGCAGUCGGAGGCUCCGGCCGAGCCGACAGAGCGAAACGGAAUCGACUUCAAUCGACAUGAGCUCACCUCUCUUCACACCAUGCAGCAGCUGGUUCUGAUGCCACCGUCUCACCUGUCGUCUCCCUCACCCUUCCUGCUCUCCCAGAGCCCCACCAGCCACCAAGCCCUUCUGCAGCAGAACCUGCUGUCCCUUCCCUGCCAGAGUCAAACUAGUCUCCUUCAGCAUCAACCUGGACUGGCUCUGACUCCCCAGGCUAUGAGUCGCUCCGGUCUGGUAGGCCCGUCUAUGGAGAACCACAUGGACAUGUCCCACCUGCAGAUGCCCAAACACAUGUCAGUGCCACCGCAGGAGGAACCCAGUGAUCUGGAAGAGCUGGAGCAGUUUGCUAAAGCAUUCAAACAACGACGCAUCAAACUGGGCUUCACCCAGGGAGAUGUGGGCCUUGCGAUGGGAAAACUGUACGGGAACGAUUUCAGUCAGACCACAAUCUCUCGCUUCGAGGCUCUAAACCUCAGCUUCAAAAACAUGUGCAAGCUCAAACCUUUGCUGGAGAAAUGGCUGAGUGACGCAGAGAACUCACCUCCUGACUUGAUGAACAACCCCACCUCUCUGCCGCCGCUGAUAGAGGGUUACGGACGCAAACGGAAAAAGAGGACGAGCAUUGAAACAAACAUCAAGAUGACUCUGGAGAAGCGUUUCCUUGAUAACCCCAAGCCCAACUCUGAAGAGAUAACCCUGAUCUCAGAGCAGCUAGCCAUGGAGAAGGAGGUGGUUCGAGUUUGGUUCUGUAAUCGGCGUCAGAAGGAGAAGAGGAUCUACUGCCCGGUGACGAGUAUAUCAGUCAAGUCACACAGCUACAACUCCAGAAUGUUUCAGGCCACAACAUCCAGAUCCUACAGCCCUCCGGCUACAGUUUCAUCGAAUUCCUCUCCAAACAGUGGAAGCCGUGAAGCUUCUCCCAACGGAUUGUCAGCAGCCUCCGUCUCUUUAGCGUCCCAGGUUAACACAGCUUCCUACAGCACACCAGGGUCCUGGUACCGCACAUGGAAUCCAGCGUAUCAUCACUGAGAAACAUGAACUGUAUCAUAUGAAGCUUUUUGAAGAUUUUGUUUUUGUUUUGAGAAGGAUGUACAGUGAAGAGAUAACAAAAAAAACCUUGUUGUGAACAGGGUUUACAACCAGAGAGCCAAAGCUUAGACGGACCCAUCGGCGAAAACAGCAGAGGACUGCUGUUAAAACCGCCUCCAGCUGUUUGAUUUGUGUUCAGGUGACUCUUUGCGUAGAUCAGCUGCAAAGAGGAAGAAUACACAUAAAAACACCAGCGGGGAUUCUCAUGUUCGAGCCUGUGUGGCUCAAAUAGACUGAAACAACCGGUUUGAAUGAUUGUGUACCGAGCUGUUCCCUUUUUGUUUCUGCCAUCUUAAUUGCCGGGCUCUCAGCUGUUGCUGUCAUUGUAUGUUUUUAUCAUAGCUAGUGUUGUUGUGUUUGUGAAGUUUAUUUAAAUCCUACAAUGCGUACUGCUGGCCUGUCUAAAUAAAUAUGCAGUUAAAAGACAUUUAUUUAUAUUGGCCUUAUAUUGAGCUUUUUUUUUUAUUAGAGAUCAGAACGGCUUUUGAUUUAGUUAUUUAUUUCUUUAAAGGAUGGAUCUGUUUUUAUUAAAACUUGGGUUUUAUUGUUGCAGCUUUGGCCAUCAUUUCUAUCAGUUAUGACAACAACAGUGAAACGCAAUUUUUCAAACAAAAUUUGAGCUGUUUAUUCACAUAAGAGAGAUUUCUGUAUUUAUGUUUUUGUCCUUGAUUUUGUUCACUGGUUUGAAUUUGAUGAGCUGGAAAAAAGGUGACGUCAAAGUCCUGAAGCAGAUUAGCUUUUUAUUUGUCGUCAUA